AUGACAUCAAGGAGGAUUGGGAAGAUUGGAGACGCCACAACAGCCAACAGAGCGUGGGAGCCUCCACCGGUGGGCUGGACCAAGAUCAACGUCGACGGGUCCUUCUCGGAAGAGGCCGGCGAAGGAAGUGCAGUAGCGGUUGCAAGGGACAGUAAUGGGUGCGUCAUUAUCACAGCUUGGCGCUUCUUGGAGCAUUCUGGUAGUGCCCCAGAGUCGGAAGCGCUAGCAUGUGUUGAAGGGCUACGAUGGGCAGUUCAUUGGGGUCUCUCAAGAGUAAUUUUAGAAACAGACUGCGCCUGGGUCGUCGCUGAAGGAUCAAAGACCAAGCCUCGGACAGGUCUGAGAUAG